CAGGACGUCAUUACGUACAGCGGGACGUUUCGGAGAAGAUAAACAAAAAGGAAGGAAGCCUUCGGCCAUACAAUCGCGGCAAACUCGGUUCAAAAAAUUUAGCUUCCAAGCUACAUUUAGCAACUACAUGUGCCCUUGCUUAGAUAAUUACCAUUAGGCGUUCACAAUCAUGGACGAUGGAAUAAUAUUUCGUAUGAGUGCAUUUUCCGAGCAAGGGGGGAGGAAAUACAUGGAGGAUGUUGUCGAUAUAAGAAUCGAGUACGAGCCGACGCAGUCGUCGUCGCUAAGCGAAGAUUAUCAAAAGUCUCAGGGACAUGGAGGACAAGGGAAGGCGGAGAGUGAACCCACAAAACAGACUGAAAAUGAGACACAUGACCAUAACGUUGCAGCCGAAUCCGGCCCGGUUUCUGCAAUGUGGGUAGAGAGUCUGCCGACUGAGGACAGUGGCAACAACAGUGCUCCGGCAUCGGAGGGGAACAUCGCAGAGCAUGCAGUCGACACUCGGAAGUCUGUGGCGUUUUUCGCAGUUUUUGAUGGCCACGGAGGUCGAGAAGCGGCUCAUUUCGCGAGAGAGAAUCUGUGGGACAUAUUGAAAAGGCAGCGGGGGUUUUGGUCGAAGGAUCACAGUGAAGUGUGUGCUGCUCUUAAGAAAGGGUUCAUCGCCUGUCACCAUGCAAUGUGGAAAGAGCUACCGGAGUGGCCAAAAACUAUUACCGGCCUGCCAAGUACAUCAGGCACCACAGCCAGCGUGAUCGUGAUCCGCGGGACUCACAUGUUUGUUGCCCAUGUGGGGGAUUCGGCAGUAGUGGUUGGAGUGCGAGAGAAUGACUCUGAUAUCACGCUCCAGGCGCUUGAAAUAACACAAGACCAUAAACCUGAACUUCCUAAAGAAAAAGAAAGGAUUGAGCGGCUUGGUGGCAGCGUAAUGAAGAAAUCUGGGGUGAACCGUGUUGUGUGGAAGAGGCCCAGGCUGACCCAUAACGGCCCUGUGAGAAGGAGUACCGUCAUUGACCAGAUCCCCUUCCUGGCUGUGGCCCGGUCCCUCGGUGAUCUGUGGAGCUACGAUUUCUACAGUGGGGAGUUUGUGGUUUCUCCAGAGCCCGAUACCACCGUGAUGACCCUUGACCCCAGUCGGCAUCACUUCAUCAUCCUCGGCAGUGAUGGGCUGUGGAAUAUGAUGCCACCCAAGAAUGCUGUCAAUAUGUGUUAUAGCCAUGACAAAAUGGUGGGACCAAAGGGAAUGUCCUGCGCCCGCCGGCUGGGCUGCACAGCUCUACUGUUUUGGAAGGAACGCAUGCUCCGUGCAGACAACACAACCGUUAUCGUCCUGGCCCUACAGGAGCGCGGAGGCCCACCUAUCCCUAUGCAUCGAGAUGAGAUUGUCGUUGACAUGUUUACAGGAAUGGACCAUGUUCCGUUCCCAGGAACUACUUAUAACACAUGUGCGAUCCCACAGCGGAGCGAUGCAGCGAAUGUUUCCUCCCCGUUCAAACAAAGUUCCACAGCUCUGGAGCAGGCAUUUGGGCUGUAUGAAGCUGCUUUCUGUGCCACCGCACAGCUCUUACCUAACGUUGACUCCGCGAGGGCCGCACCGCCCCCCUCAGACGGUUCGGUGAAUGUUUUGGAAAAGCAAGACUCGACAACCCAAAUGGACUGCGCUGCUCCUACUCCUCCGUUAAAAAGGUCUCGCCGUUCUCCGCACGCCCUCCCUGAACUUCAAGGUCCCCGGUCCUCUGGCAAAGGUUUCCCCCGGGAGAAUGGCAAUGUAAAAAAUGAACUAUCCCGUCAAACUCUGGCUCUAAAGAGAAGCUCCUCUGAGGACAGCAGCAUCUUGCCACAGCAACACAACGCUGCCUUGUGCGUGUGCUGAAUCUUGUCUUAUAGAAACAGUGUUUUUUUGCCUCGAGGCGAGAAGGAUCAUCUGCAUCGUGUCGACUUUGCUCAUGUAUCAAGUGUGCCACAGGCCUAAUCCUAGAUGUAUACUUUUUAUACAAAGUCUUUUGUUUUUUUGUUAAUAUGUGAGAAAUGUAAGAUUUUAAAUGUGUCGCUGGUUAUCUUCUCGCUCUUCCUCCUGCCCCGUCCUCUAAAUUUGAGUGUUUGCUGCAAUUUUAGAUCCAUUCAAUAUCCACACAAUCUAUUUUCAUACUUAUGGGUAUGUAUAGUAUAUCCAAAAGAUGUGUUUUGAAGAAGAUGGAUCACUCCAAUAACAUUAGUUCAACAAUAUUGUCACACAUGUACUGUUUUAUCAAACUAUUUUAGAUUGUUUUUACUUGUUGGAUGCUAUAACAUGCCAGUAUUUCCGUCAUGGGGGUCGAUACCUCAGACCAGUUGUUUGGAAGCUUUCCUCUUAGAUGAAAUGUGCUACUAAGUCAUUGUUAGGGGUUUAUUUUAUUGUUUAUGCGGGUGCAAUAGAAGUCCCUGGUAGUGGUAAUACUGUAGCGUGCAGCAUAAUGGAAAAAUGUCACAAUCAAUGGCCUGAGGUAAUUAUCAGCAUAUUGAUUUUUAAGUCCUUUUAUUUUUUUGUUUUACGUCUUUUAAGUGGCUAGUUAUGUACUGUCAUGAUCACAAUUGCUACUCGGCUAAUUGGUGUAUCUUAUGCAUAGCCUGUAAUGAGGUGUUUAAGGGUCAGUUCACUCAAAUCAGAGGGAGGAAAAAAACUAUAAAAUAUAUUCUCUCACUUUCCCUAGUGCUAUUUAUCCAUGUGGUUUAGUGAAUUGACCUUUUGAUGGUACUUUUUGCUGCCGAUUGAUCCAGUCCAAACCCGAUUUGGCCAAUGGGUAUUGGUACUGUAUCGGGUGCUGCUGAUGUGAAAGCCAAGAUCAAUAUCUGUGCCUCACUGGAAGGUGGUUUAGAGUCGGCUUUGCCCUUGACUUUAGCUUGUAUAACAUCCAGUUAAUUUUAAAGGAAUACUUCACCCACAAACUUACCAUUUGUAUAUCAAUUACUCACCCCUGUGUUAGUAUGAAUUCUUUUAGAAAAUAAUAAGUAACUUUUGAGGUAAUAUGCACAUGUGCGGCCCCCCCCCCCCCCCAUUUACUUCAAUUCAUAAAGACUUUUAUCUGUGUUUUCAUGUGUUUUGUUUGGUUUGCUCCCAUAACAUCUGCACAUAACACACCUUUAUACAGGAAGUGUUUCAUGGUGUGUCCAAAGUUCUAACUGUUGUUAACAUGGCAGCUCACUAACUGUUUUACCUGAUGUUUAGUUUGCCUUCCUUUUACAUCAACGUGUCAUGGUUGCCUUAGCACAAACGAAUCAAGAGGUGCUUUUCACAGGUUUUCAUAUUUGGGGACGGCUGAGGAUUUAUUAAUGUCAGUAUGGCUGUGGCCCAGCUUCAACCACUCAUCAUGCACCUCCAGUUCUACACCCAUGUAAUUUUACCAUCCACACUACAGAAUACUAAACUAAUGUUUUUUCAGUCGGAGCAGUUUGUUGGUUUUGUGCAGUACGUCAAUAUGCAAUAUAAGUUUGUACAGUACAUUAUUAUGCAAAGUUCUAGUUUUUAUUUCAGGAGUCUGGCAUGCUCCAAUCUACUCUGUAUGUUGUGAAGUGUCCAGAGGUAAUGGAUGUUAAUUGGCAUGUGGUUUGUUUUUGACAAUGGCAAAUACUUUUUGGGGUCUGGCUUUAUAUCCACCGCAACCAGUUUUCAGGACUAACUGUAUAAGCUACAUGCGUUGAAAGUGACUGGAUAUACAGUGUCUGUGUGUUGUAAUAAAGUUCUCAUUUUCUAAUUGGUGCUGUUAUAUAUAUGUUACAGUGUCUAUGUUGUUCAAACUAUAUCUAGCCCAGUGUGUGGCACUGUUCUCAUGACUAUGAUUAAUGACUUUAGCAUGUUUCUGGUUCGUAAAGUAACUUGUCCAUCAACUACUUUGUUAAUACAACCGUGUUUAUAAUGCCUUCAGCUACUGUGUAGCUUGAAUAUAGAGGUAAUACUUAUGCUCAAAUUUGUACAGCUUGUUCCAGUAGAUGGCAGUAAUGUAAUGGGAUUAAACAGUUGUGUGUCUACA